AUGGCAGACCUUGCUUCUCUCCCGAGGGGUGAGCGCGUGCGCGUGCUCGGGGGGAAGAACUUUGAGAAGUUCCAUGGCGGCAUGGAGGGAACCAUCGUCGAAAACAAUGCGGAAAGCAGGAAUAUGCGGGUGCAGUUUGACGAUGUUUCCACUUCGGGUCCUGAACCCCUGGUGGUUGGUUACAGGCACUUGGAGCAUGCCCCCAACCAGGGAGGUUAUCGACAUGUCAAAAAGGACGAGUCCAAGGCUGAAAAGACGGACACCUCGGCGCUGCUGAAGGAACACGGCACUUUCAAGUCAAUGCAGCUGGUCAGAUUGCAGGGCUUGCAAACCACCGAGCUGAAUGGCAGGCUCGGUCGCCUACAAGGCUUCGACAAACACGCCCAGCGAUGGCAGGUGCAGGUGCGAGGUGGUGAGAAAAGGAGCUUUAAAGAGGAGAACCUGCAGGUUCCGCAAAAGCCGGAGGUACCUCUCUUCACGCCCAUCGAGCAGCUAAAGGAGCAUGGGAACGAAUGCGUCAAGAAGUGGGAGUACGAAGAGGCCAUUGCCUUCUACUCUGCUGCCAUUGACCUUUUAGAGGACUCGGAGGUCGGCCAUCCGCCAGAGCUGAUGGACCCCAAAUAUUUGGCGGUGCUCCACAACAAUCGCGCCCAAUGCUUCAUCAGUCUCUGCCGCGAAGUGCAGGGGGAGGACACCCUGGCGCGGAAGUACGCCAUGCGAGCCAAUCUGGAUGCAGCCAAAGCCAUUGAGCUGGACCCUACCAAUGGGAAGGCUCACUACCGACGAGGCUGCGCGGUGCUGGGCAUGGCGCCCAGCGCGAGUCGUUCCAAAGAGGCGAUUCGUCACCUGGAAGUGGCCCUGGCAGGCCGAGCAUCUGGUGGUAAGGAUGGUGUUGUACUGCCCAACUCCUUCCGCAACGAGGUGUCGAAGCUCCUAGAUUUAGCCAAGGGAAGGCUUGACGCCUGCACGGAGGCAGCUGUCCCAGACGUGGAACAGUGCCGUAAGUCAGCCAUUGUUGCUAUGCAUAUGUCGGCAUAUGUCCAGCCAACGUCGGUUGCGGUGCCACAGCCCGACACCAAGACAGUACGUCUCAGCCUUGUUAGGUGGCUGGACUUGGCCGUGGAUGAUCUCUUUCCGACAUCCCAGGUCUCAGAGGGUCAGGUGGAUGGACGCCUGGUCAGCUUCUCACGGGGCGGCAACCUCUGCUACUUGGGGGUGUUGAACAUGCCAGCCACUGGAUUCAAUUGGCAGCCCGCCCUCUUGGUGGGCCCACUUGUCCCGGGAAUCUUGUUUGGCUUUCACAAGCCUCAUGCCCAAACAAAACCUUCAUCUUUUUGA